AUGUCAAAGAUGGAUGAAGCACUUACUAAACCAAGAAAUGUUACUCACACUUUAUAUAAGCUUUAUAACUGGUUGCAAAUGGGUAUGAUAGAUCUCAAUCCCGAAUUUCAAAGAGACGUUGUAUGGACAGGAAUCAAACAAUCUCACUUGGUCGACUCCGUUCUCAACAACUUUUACGUUCCGCCGGUAAUUUUUUCUUGUAAAAAGCUUGACAGUAAAAGGUGGAUGCGCGUUUGCAUUGAUGGAAAGCAACGUCUCACAGCUAUCAGAAAGUUUAUGGACAACGAAAUUCCACAUCUCAGUCCUUCCGACGGAAACAUCACAAAGCGAUAUUACAAGGCACUCAAUGGGAAUAAACGUUCUUUGACUGAAGCCGAGCGUGAGCUCUUCGAUUGCAGCGAACUUCUUUGCGUCGAGUAUUAUGAUCUCACACUACAUCAAGAACAAGAGAUCUUUAGUCGUGUGCAACUCGGUGUUGCAUUAACGCCUGCCGAAAAGCUUCAGGCAAUUAGCAGUCCGAUGGCCGAUUUUGCACAUACGAUUUAUACACAACAUCCAUCCAUUUCUGCCAUUAUGGAUACGAAGCGUGCUCGUCCCUUUCAACUCAUCACUCAAUCUUUGCACAUGAUCGAGUAUGAACCGGACAAGUUCAAUGCCACGCCUACUACAAUCACGAAGUUCUUGAAAGAGGAUCGCGAGGUGCCCGAAUCUCUUCGCUCUUUGGCGAAUCAAGUUUACAGAACGAUUGAAGAAAUGAUUGAAGAUGAUAGCGAGCUGUUUCACCGUGAAAACAAGUUGGCACCUGUUGAAUUUGUUUUUCUUACCUAUAUGAUUGCAAAAUAUCCCGGACUUCCAAUCUUUCAAUAUCAAAAUCGUCUUUUGGCGAUGAAGAAGCAUGUCCGCGCAAAACACGACGAUAUCCGUUUCAACAAUAAGGUCUAUGACACGUUAAAGAAGUUUAUUGACAACAUGGAAUUUGAAUAUGCAGCCUCGCACAAUACCUCCGCCAUAUACUCACCUCCAGUUCAGACGUUCGAUUCACAACAAAUCAGCGCAACGCCUACUCGUACAAGAAAGAGAGUUAAGCAUACUGCCGAAUAA